CGACUACCUACCAAUGUCCCUCUCUCCACCCACUGGCCUAUGGAUGGAACGGAGGAUGCAGGAAUUAUCGGUCAGGCGGGUCGUGGGUCGCAAUCAGAACAAUAAUGAAUAAUAUGGAUUAUGGAACCCAUGAUAGACCACCUCCGUGCGGAAUACCUGACGCCCAAAUCAGGUUCCCUUUCUUUCGCCUGCUGGUGCUCGCCUCGCACUGCUGGCCCGCAGCAGCCAGAGUAAUCUUCUACUCUUAUUAGCCCAUGCCCAGGUGGUUAGUGUCAGGCUUUUCUUGUUGUUUCUCCUUUUUCUGCCCGCUGCUGCUUCUGAAUCCCUGGGUUGGAUCUCUCCCAUCCAGUUCAGUCACGGUGUCUUGCUGGGAAAACUUGCUCGCCCCUCCCCGCAAGUCGGAUGCUGCUCUUGAGCGCCUCCAUCUCGUCCACCGUGCUUCUAGUACUGUGGACGAGUGUCUUAGCGUCUGGCGACUCGUGUCCCUGAAACUUCCGUUCUUCCCCCUUAUUGUCUCUUAUCGUCAUAGUGUUUCAAUUUUUUUUCUAUAUAUCGUUUUUUCUACCCCUCACCACUACUAACUUUCGCCUCACCUGUCUCCGUGAUCUCGCGUUACUUUACCUCCCAACCCACCCCCUCCCACCCACACAUACAUACACAGAC